AUGUCUUCACCUCUUUUGAUAACUCCUACGCUGGAUGAUCCUUGGCUUUACUUCAAAAAGUUACCUACGUCCGAUUACUUCUCACCUUUGCUAUUUAAAGGACCACUUCUGACUCGUACACUCAGAGCUAUGGCCUCUCCAACUGGCGAUCCUGUACCAACUUUGCCUGCUCAAGACUUACUUGAUGAGGCGGUCAACACCCCUCUCGUGCCGGUAGUGUCCUCAAAGCGCCCUCCUCCCAGUUCUGAUCUGUCCUCUGUCGACUCUGACGACGAAACCGGCACCUCCUCCUCUGAAGAAGAGGCUUUGGAAUAUGCUCAAGAAGAUCAGCCCAACUUCCAACCCUCCACUCAACCUGCUACUCAGACCUUCCCAUCUAAGGUCAUUGACCUUACCGGUGAAAGUUCUGUCUUACUGACUUCUGCUUUUCCCUAUCCCUUGCCUGGAGGUCUUGUCUUACAAGCCGCCUCUCCAGUCACGGAUACCCCUAAGCACGGCCUUGCGCCAACCACGAGCCUACCGUACGAGCUUCGAGCCUGGUGGAGUUAUUACCACAAGGACCACGUCACCCCUCUUGACACCACCCUUUGGGGUAUGGUAACUGUUCUCAGCAACAACUCACGUCUCAAUGACAAUGAGGUGAUUGACGCUCUCCUUGCUAACUACAUCAACUACUGCUCCAUCAUCGAUGGGCCUGGAGAGUCACGCUAUUGUCUCAUUCGAUUCAAGUCUGUUCAAGCACGAAUCGGCCUCCUUCAACGUCGACGCAACCUUCAAUACGGCGUGUUGGCUCAAAUCACUGGGCCUACCCGAUCAUCCUUGAUCAUCUUCAACCUGGCCCCUAUUACAGGUCCCUCUCCCAGCAUUUCUAGCUUUCUGGUAGGAGCCACCUCUAUCCCUUUUCACCUCCACCAUCGCGGGAUUCAACAAGAGCUCUUUGGCGGCCUAUGGACGCAAAAGCUCACCAAACCACUCGGUAUCAUGGAGUUCAGAGAGAUCGGCACGACUCCCACCUUCACCCAUAAGUCCGCUCAAAUCGUUGAGAUUGUCAUCAAACCUUCCUUUGUCCCAGCUUGGCUUGCGAUGCUCAGUAACUCCACCAAGACUCUCCCCUUAACCGGCUGGGACUCACGUGGUCGACCAGUCACCCGCGUCUACACUCUCGUUGGAGUUUUCUGCCUCUAUGCCCCUCCUGUGGCACAACUGCUGCUCAAGGAUGGACUCUUCCAUAACCUCAAUGCCCUCAAGACCGCUCAAUCUGGCACUUCCACUCAAGAAACUGAGGCUACCUUAGUUGACAUCGACGGACAAGCUUCGAUUGAACGCCUUGGAGCAUUCACUCGUGUCAACUAA